GUUUGUGUCGGAUUUGUUGGAGCGGAAGAUGUGGGCUGAGCUGCCCGCCUUUCCACUGCUGCAUUUCACUUCAUUUUCAAAACUGAAACUUUAAUCAUUCUCAUUUUCUCCUUUCUGCUUUUGCAAAGGUGUUCAUUUUGGGGGUUGAAGAUGAGCGACGCAAACCAGCCCAGACUUGAACUUUUUGUGAAGGCAGGAAGUGAUGGUCAGAGUAUCGGCAACUGUCCCUUCUCCCAGCGUCUCUUCAUGGUCCUGUGGCUGAAAGGAGUGACCUUCGAUGUCACCACAGUGGAUAUGAAGAGGAAACCAGACAUCCUAAAGGAUUUGGCUCCUGGAGCUCAGCCACCUUUCCUGCUGUAUGCGAGCGAAGUGAAAACUGACACCAACAAAAUUGAGGAGUUCCUCGAGGAAAUUCUCUGCCCUCCGAAAUAUCCCCGUCUGGCUGCUCGUAAUCCAGAGUCCAACACAGCAGGCGUGGAUGUCUUCUCUAAAUUCUCUGCUUACAUCAAGAACUCAAACCCUCAGACUAACGACAAUCUAGAGAAAGGCCUGCUGAAAGCUCUGAAGAAGUUGGAUGACUACCUUGGCUCCCCACUUCCUGAUGAGAUCGACGAGAAUAGCUCUGAUGAGGUCACUUCCUCAUCACGCCCCUUCCUGGAUGGCCAAGAGCUCACUCUGGCGGACUGCAACUUGCUGCCGAAGCUUCAUAUUAUGAAGGUGGUGUGUUUGAAGUACAGAAAGUUCACCAUCCCUGAGUCUCUGACAAAUGUCUGGAGGUACCUGAACUCAGCAUAUGCCAGGGAGGAGUUUAGCUCCACCUGUCCGAUUGACGAUGAGAUCCACAUGGCUUAUUCAUCUGUAGCUAAAGCUCUCAAGUAGGAAGAGAAUAUACCAUGUGAAAGUAAAACAAAAUCUACACAGACAUCAGUAAAGCAAAUAUCCACUCUGCAAACAACCUGGUUCAGUUUCCCUGCCGUUGGGUGUUUCCUUGAGGCUUUGUUUACCUUUUAAUACCAUUAGGAGCGGCGUAGCAUUCACAGAAUACACCCACCCACAGGUGCAUCUUUGUACUUCUCCUUUACUUCAAACAGGAUCGGUUUACUUUAACAGGGAGAGGAGGGCAGAGUGUAGACAGUCCCGGAAGAAAUCCACUUCAGAAAAUUUUAAAAAUGUUCCUUCCAGGAAGAUUAGUAUUUUUCUACACACCCUUUUUUUAGACUAAAACCCUGUUUAACUCUUAUUUACCUACUUCAUCUAACUUUCAUCUUAGUUCAGAGCAGGUUCAAGGUUUUAUGGGUUCCUGGGGCAGAAUACAAUUUGAGGCCCCCUCUCUCACCUAAAACCUAUGCCUGCCGCUAACCUUAGCAAAACAGUUUUUUCUUUAAACCAUAGGCUGGCAUGAGAGUCUAACAGUAUGAUAACCUUGAGUAAAAACAUUUUAUGGCACUUAAAACAAAAAUGUAUAACAUGAUCUAAUUACUUUUAUUCAAAAGAGAAACAAUUAUUUCUACUGCUGCAAAAAUAUCAUACCUAAUAAUAUAGUUAAUUAUUGUUAAGUUGAUUUUGAUAUAUAAACCAGAAGAAAAUUUGAGAAUAAAACCCGGUUUAGCAUUAUUUUUUAUGUUUUAGCUUUUUGGUUAUUUAGAGAGUACAAAAAUCUGACAUAAGCUGCUUAAAAGACAUCCUGCAUAUACUUUGUUAAUUCUAGCUUAGAAGGAGAUUUACCUUAAGUAAGAUUUUUAUAGUAGAAAACAGUGACAGUGUUUUUAAAAGAAAUAUUUUAAUGUAACAAGUGUCAUCGUGUCUUUGGGUAGAAUUGAUGGUCAAAAGGGUAGCUACUAGGGCAGCUAGCAUGGCUAAUUAGCCAGCCAAUAUCAGCUUUUAGACUCCCUACUAGAAAAAAAUUAUAAAAAACAAAACAGGUUUUGCUGCUAUUUAAAAAAUGUAAUAAGCUACAAGAGUUACAGAGUCCUUUGGAGAAAAUUAUAGUAAACCUCUGGCUAUCUGCUGGGGCAGCUAACACACCUAAUCAGCUAGCUAGCAUCUACCAAAACAAAAAUCCAUACUCUGCUUUUUAAAUACUUCGUACAAAGGAGCAAGAGAAUAAUACAUCUUUUUAAAUGUUUGAUUACAGCUUCAACAUAAAAACACCAAUGUUUCAUAUUUCACUGUCUUUAAUUUUCUUUGCGCAAUUAUUUGAACAGACAAUGAGGUGCCUUCCAGAUAAAGAUUUGUUAGUCUCUCAUUUCCCGAAUGACCUCUUAAUUUUUCACAGUUAGGGAAGUAAUAUUUGCAUUCCAGCAAAGACUUACCUGGCAAAGUCAUCAGGUGUUUUCCACAGACUUUAUCAAAGAGGAAACACAGGUUUUCACUGUAAUGCAUGUUUUUUAGGCAACGUUCGUAUUCAUCAUGGUGCACGCCAGAGAGGAAAACAGCACCGACUGGAGCAGCACAGAAAACAGGAAACUGUUUCAAUAGACGUGGGCUUCCCCUUUCUACGCUCCCACAGCAAGCAUGAAGGAUUAUUUAAGAUUAGUGAGCUUGUUGGUGAUCUUCUUUAAAGCCCUCUUAUCAAUAAUUACAUUAAUGGAAGCGAGGUUAGGGGAACGCUGAAGUCUGUCAACUAAAAAAGGAGAAAAUUCGAUAGAAAACAUGAAAAUCUUUUUAAUAAAAGCAGAUUAUUUUGGUAUGUUUCGGCUGCACUUACUUGUAUGAAGCAUAAUAAAAUUUAAAAUAAAAAGUCACUUAAUUACAGAGCUAGCUAACUGUUUUAUUUGAACAAACUGUUUUUAGUAGUUAGCCACCACUCUCACCUAAAACUGCUGUCUAUUUUUCAUCUAGAAAACUGUGAUAGUUUCCAAUGAGGUAGAUAUUAUUUAUUUUUAAAGCAGAAAAUAAAUCCUAUAAAUUAAUUGUACAACAGACUUACAGAGGGACAUCUGAGCGUCUCUGCUGAGUCUGCUGCCCCCGCAACCCGGUCCCUGAUAAAGCGGAAGACGACGACGAGUACGAGUACAUUUUGCUGUUAUAAUAUUUUGCUAAACUCUUUAAAAUAUUUUGUUACUAUGUUGAAAAUCAUAGUGUCCUUUAAAAACACUGUCACUACACUUCCCUAUGUUUUGUUAUGGAAUAAACUCAAACUAACUAAAUCAGUGCUAUAACAAUAUUCAAAGUAAUUUUAGCAGUAGUAGUAAGAUUUGUAAUAAAGUAAAACAAGUAAAGUAUUUAUUAUUUAUGCUAUGUAAUACAUUACAUUUAUUUUUAAUUUGUUUUUAUUAAAAUGGAAAAGUGGUAAAAGGUUAUCAUAAUGUCAGAAUCUUAUACUAGCCCAUGCCUAAUUAAAACAUUUUUUCGUUUCCAGCUGAGUUUUACUGUCUAUUUUAGAAAAGAUCAUUCUAUUCAAAUAGUCAUAUUGAUGGAAAACAAUUAAUAAGGAAUCUUUGCAAUAUAACUACUCUGGGGGCCCCCCUGUUGGUGUGGAGCUGUAGACAGCUGCAUAGUUUGCUUAUGCCUUGAGCUGGGCCUGACCUUGUUGAUGUCAAAGAAUACGCAACUGAGUAGUGUGCACAUUUACAGAGUUUAAUAAAACUUGUUAAAGUUGCUAGAAUUACUUUCUUAUCAGAAAUGACCCAACAAGUCUAUAAACAAAAUCUGUGGAAGGAUGGCAGUUGAAAAAUUCUGUCACACAAAACUUGUACUAUGGAUACUUGUAUGGGAUCCUAUUAAUUUUCCCAUUUUUAUCGGAAAAUAUAUUAUAUUUCCCUGUGGUGUUUUUGCAGUUAAGCCCCAAAAUAUCAGUUUAGAGCAAGUGCUCUAUAUCUGAGUUUUUU